AUGAAUUGGUGCAAUGUCUUAUUUCUGCUUUGAGAUCACCAAACAUUCCGCCUGAAAUUGUUUCGACGAUACUUAAUUUAGCUGAGUUUAUGGAACAUUAUGAUAAAUCUCUUCCCAUUGAUAUUCCAAUGUUAGGCUCUUAUGCCGAAAAUUGCCACGCUUAUGCAAAAGCACUCCAUUACAAAGAACUUCAAUUUCUCGCUGAACCAUCAACUGAAACAAUAGAAAAAUUAAUCCAAAUUAACAAUCAAUUACAAUUACCAGACGCGGCUAUCGGUAUUUUAACGCAUGCUCAACAAAAUCCAAGCCUUCAAGGUCUACAAUUAAAAGAAAACUGGUAUGAAAAGUUAAACCGAUGGGAGGAUGCUUUAGCAGCCUACGAGAGAAAAAGAAUCGAAGACCCUAAUGAUUUUGAGGCAACUAUGGGCGUUAUGCGAUGUAUGAAUGCCCUUGGUGAUUGGGAGGGUCUUUCUUCGUUAGCUCAAGAAAAAUGGGCUGAGGCUUCUGCGCCAAUGAAAAAACAGAUCGCUGGAUUAGCUGCUGCGGGUGCAUGGGCUUUAGGACAAUGGGGAUUAAUGGAUGACUAUAUUUCCACGAUGAAACAAGAAUCUCCAGAUCGCACUUUUUUCCAAGCAAUCUUAUCUUUGCACAAGAAUCAAUAUGCAGAUGCAGUACGACAUAUCGAUAAAACUAGAGAUUUGUUAGAUACAGAAUUAACAGCAUUGGUUGGGGAGAGUUAUAAUCGUGCAUACAAUGUUGUAGUUCGUGUCCAGAUGCUUGCUGAAUUGGAAGAAAUUAUCACAUACAAACAAUUUGCUGAUCAGCCAGAUAGACAAGCAACUAUACGAAAAACAUGGAUGACGCGUUUGAAAGGAUGCCAACGCAAUGUAGAAGUAUGGCAAAGGAUCCUCAAAGUCCGCACUUUAGUGAUCAGUCCGAAAGAAAACAUGGAAAUGUGGAUAAAGUUUGCAAAUCUAUGUCGAAAAAGUAAUCGUCUUGAACUAGCAGAAAAAACUUUAAAACAGUUGCUAGUAGGCGACCAGAAAAUAGCUACUGUUCAUCCGUCCAUACUUGCACGAGCUGCACCACAAGUUGUGUACGCUCAUCUAAAAUGGAUGUGGGAAAGCGGAAAUCGUGUUGAUGCAUUAUCUCAUCUUCGGGAAUUCACGGGACGAAUGUCGAGUGAAAUGCGUCUAGGAAAUAAUUCCUUGCUUGCUCGAUGUUGUUUAAAGAAAGGCGAGUGGCAGAUGUAUUUGCAAGAGGAUUGGAGUGAGGAUACAAUUCCUGAUAUACUGCAAUCAUAUUUGCUUGCUACUCAAUACGACAAAGAUUGGUACAAGGCCUGGCACGCAUGGGCUUUGGCCAAUUUCGAAGUAGUAUCACACUUCGAAAAACUUCACAAUUCAGAAAAUUCAAUAGAAGACUUGAACAACGUUGAGAUUCCGGACGAAGCGAUGACAGCAAUGCAUCAAGAGGCUUUACGAUAUGUAGAUACUUUACGACUUCUCACAUUAUGGUUCAAAUAUGGGUAUCAACCCGAAGUUAGUGCUGCUCUAAAUGAAGGCUUCAAUAGUGUGAAUAUUGACACGUGGCUUGAGGUUAUACCACAAUUGAUAGCACGUAUACAUGCCCAAAAUCCUAAUGUACGAAAAUUAAUCCAUCAACUUUUGGCGGAAGUGGGUAAAGAACACCCCCAAGCACUGAUAUACCCACUCACUGUCGCUUCAAAGUCUCAGAGUCAUCAUCGACAAAAGGCAGCAGAAACAGUGAUGGAUAAAUUGCGUGCACAUAGUGCUGUCCUUGUAGAACAAGCACUUCUUGUGAGCAAAGAACUCAUUCGAGUUGCCAUAAUAUGGCACGAAAUCUGGGCGGAACAAUUAGAAGAAGCAUCAAGGUUAUACUAUGUUGAACGAAAUUAUGAUGCAAUGUUCGUAAUAUUAGACGAGUUGCAAGAACGACUAGAUCGUGGUCCUGAAACUCUACGCGAAGUCGCUUUCGUUCAAGCAUACGGGAGGGAACUUCAAGAAGCCGGUGUAUGGUGUCGAAAAUAUAAACAAACACUUGAACUUCCCUUCCUCACGCAAGCGUGGCAAUUAUAUUAUGAUAUGUUUAAAAAGAUCACGACGCAAGUUUCUACAAUCACUACGUUGGAGUUGCAAUAUGUGUCUCCCAAGCUCUUGGCUGCACGAGAUUUGGAGUUAGCGGUUCCAGGAACAUAUCGUAGUGGGGAACCAGUUGUAAAAAUAAAGAGUUUUUUCCAAACUGUCAAUAUUAUAUCAUCUAAACAACGUCCGAGAAAACUGCUUCUUAAAGGAAGUGAUGGUCGUGACUAUCAAUUCCUGUUAAAAGGGCAUGAAGAUUUGCGUCAAGAUGAACGUGUGAUGCAAUUAUUUGGACUCGUAAAUACAUUAUUAUCAAUCAAUCCCGAGACAUUCAAGAGACAUCUAAACAUACAACGUUACACUGUCACUCCGCUGACCCCCAAUAUUGGAUUGCUCGGAUGGGUUCCCAACUGUGAUACUUUGCAUUCUCUUAUUAGAGAUUAUCGAGAGAGUAAGAAAAUAUUACUUAAUAUUGAACAUCGACUCAUGUUACAGAUGGCGCCUGAUUAUGACCAACUUUCCAUAAUGCAGAAGGUCGAAGUGUUCGAAUAUGCUUUGAAUAACACGACUGGUCAAGAUUUAUACAAAGUAUUAUGGUUGAAAAGUAAAAAUUCCGAAGCAUGGCUAGAGCGAAGGACGAAUUAUACACGUUCUUUGGCGGUUAUGUCCAUGGUCGGCUAUAUACUAGGAUUAGGCGACAGACAUCCUUCUAAUAUCAUGCUCGAUCGGUUUACCGGGAAGAUAGUUCAUAUUGAUUUUGGCGAUUGCUUUGAGGUUGCCAUGACGCGUGAAAAAUAUCCGGAAAAAAUCCCGUUCCGACUAACAAGAAUGCUUGUAACUGCAAUGGAAGUGAGCGGAAUUGAAGGCAAUUUCCGCACAACUUGUGAGGCAGUAAUGAGUGUAUUACGAAACAAUAAAGAAAGUCUAAUGGCCGUAUUAGAAGCAUUUGUUCAUGAUCCUCUGAUUAACUGGAGAAUCAUGGCAGCGCCAAGUCCGCGAUUAGAAGGGGAAAACCUAGGAAACGCGUUAUCAAUAAAUCGUCGAGCACGCGAUAUUAUACAUCGUAUAUCCAAUAAAUUAACUGGCAAGGACUUUAACGAAAACCAAACUCUUGAUGUACCUUCGCAAGUCGAUAAGUUGAUACAACAGGCAAUUUCGAUCGAGAAUCUGUGUCAAUGUUACAUAGGAUGGUGUGCGUUCUGGUGA